AUGCCUGCCGGCGGCCAGUUGCUGGAGACGAACAACACGCUGGAACACCCCAUCGGCCCCGAGUAUCAUUUGGUGCUCGGAGAAGGCACGUAUACGCUGAAGGACGACCUUCAUCUUGCCACGCCGCCUCCCCAUCCCAGCGAUGCGCCGCAACCCAACAACAAUCCCCUCGCGACUACGAUCGGUCCACUUACCUCGGGUACCAAGUUAUCAAUCGUCGCUAUUGCGCCCCGACGACCUCCCAAUCUCUUUCGAACUUGGACAUCGCAAAGUGCCAGAUCCAAUGUUCCGCCGAGCAUACAGGAAGAGGCGCAAAGUCCAAAGAGCGAUGCCGGCUCAACAGCCAACGGCUUCGGUCAUAAAGCCGCUUUUGGUGACGGCAAUCCAGCGUUGAUUCCAUUACCUACCAAAGCAACGAAGAAAGAGCAGAAAGUGAAGCCCAAGAACAACAUCGUCAAGUCGAAUUCAUCAUACGUGUCCCGCGUAAUACCACACGAGGCCUUGCAGAAGCGUCUCAGCGACCGCUCAUCCGAAGGGCUCUUUGCUUUCGCCAAUGUCAAUCGCGCUUUCAUGUGGCUCGACUUGUCUUCGGAAACAAAAGUCGAGAACAUGACCAAAGUGCUCUUCACAAAAGCGCAUGCCCUGUGCCACGAUGUCAAUGCUUCUACAACGGCCAACAACCACAUUGAUCUGGUUCUGGGCUUUAACACCAGCGAUAUCAUUUGGUAUGAGCCAAUGUCGCAAAAAUAUGCUCGAAUCAACAAGAAUGGCCUUAUCAAUUCUUCUCCCGUCUUGGCGAUAGCCUGGUUACCAAAUAAGGAGAAUUACUUCGUGGCGGCCCAUUCGGACGGCACGCUGGUUGUGUACGACAAGGAAAAGGAAGACGCAGAAUUUGUACCGGAAGAGCCGUCGCCGGUAGAGAACGGCAACACAAAUGGCAACGGAAUUUCUGGGGUCCAGAAAUUCCAGGUCAAAAAGUCUGUGCAAUCAAAAAAUCAGAAGAGCAACCCAGUCGCAGUCUGGAAGAUCUCCAACAUGAAGGUGAAUUCCAUUGCCUUCUCCCCAGAUGGGCAACUGUUGGCUGUUGUCAGUGAAGAUGGCACACUCACCAUCAUGGACUAUAUCCAAGAGCGAAUCCUGGAUGUGUACCGCUCAUACUAUGGGGCAAUGAUAUGUGUAACUUGGUCGCCGGACGGAAGAUAUGUUCUAACGGGCGGACAAGACGACGUUGUCAGCAUCUGGAGCAUGGCGGACCAUGCGCUCGUUGCCAGGUGCAUAGGCCACGAAUCCUGGGUAACAGACGUCAAGUUUGACCCGUGGAGGUGUGACGAGCGCAACUACCGGUUCGGGAGCGUCGGUGAGGAUUGCAGAUUGCUGCUCUGGGACUUUUCUGUCGGAAUGUUGGGUCGGCCGAAGUUGACGAGAGCCAGGGGCAGCGUGAGUAUGUUUCCAGGCUCCGAGCACCAAAGAAAGCAGAGCGUGACAACGCUGGGACGACUGAGGAGCAAUUCCACCUUGACACGCGAGCAGACCGCUGACGCGUCGGCGGACGAGGAGAUGGAGGUGACUCAUCCCGUUGAUUCGAAGGCGAGCACAGCGGUGCUACCGCCGGUGAUGUCGAAGAGCGCAGACGAUCAUCCGCUGUGCUGGCUGGGAUUCGAAGAGCACUGCAUCAUCACAUCGUGUAAAGAUGGUGGGUUGUUUUCUCCUUCACUAUCACGUUCUAUCCUGACCUGAACCGGUCGGUUGGGUUGGUGUUUGGUUGGGAAUCUGCAGACCCACACGUCGGGUUGCGCAGGUUACUGCACCGAUCUUGUGAUGAUCCGAUCUGUGUAGAAUCAUGUGCUAACUUGUCUAUCUUGUGAACAGGGCAUGUGAGAGAGUGGGAGAGACCUGGCGAUUCAGGUGUGUAG